GGAGUUGAGGCGCGGGGGCAGGGAGGGUGCCUCUCGACCCGCCCAGGAUCCUGAUUCCGCCCUCGGAGCGACGUGCGGCUCGGAGCCCAGGUGGGACUUGGCUCGGUGGCCAUGGGCAAGCAGAACAGCAAGCUGAGGCCCGAGAUGCUGCAGGACCUGCGGGAGAACACGGAGUUCUCGGAGCUGGAGCUGCAGGAGUGGUACAAGGGCUUCCUCAAGGACUGCCCCACGGGCAUCCUCAACGUGGACGAGUUCAAGAAGAUCUACGCCAACUUCUUCCCCUACGGCGACGCCUCCAAGUUCGCCGAGCACGUCUUCCGCACCUUCGACACCAACAGCGACGGCACCAUCGACUUCCGGGAGUUCAUCAUCGCGCUGAGCGUGACCUCGCGCGGCCGCCUGGAGCAGAAGCUCAUGUGGGCCUUCAGCAUGUACGACCUGGACGGCAACGGCUACAUCAGCCGGGAGGAGAUGCUGGAGAUCGUGCAGGCCAUCUACAAGAUGGUUUCGUCCGUGAUGAAGAUGCCAGAGGACGAGUCGACCCCGGAGAAGAGGACUGAGAAAAUCUUCCGCCAAAUGGAUACAAACAACGACGGCAAGCUGUCCCUGGAGGAGUUCAUCCGCGGGGCCAAAAGCGACCCGUCCAUCGUGCGCCUGCUGCAGUGCGACCCCAGCAGCGCCUCCCAGUUCUGAGCCCGAGGAGCCAGGUCCCCCCUC